CCUCCGAGCGCCCGCCGCCCGCCCUUCCCCCGCGCCGCUGCAGGCCAGCCGCCGCGAUGAAGGCGGGCUCGGGGGAUCAGGGGAGCCCCCCGUGCUUCCUGCGCUUCCCGCGGCCCGUGCGGGUGGUAAGUGGCGGCGAGGCCGAGCUCAAGUGCGUGGUCCUGGGGGAGCCGCCGCCCAUCGUCGUGUGGGAGAAGGGCGGCCAGCAGCUGGCGGCCUCCGAGCGCCUGAGCUUCCCGGUGGACGGCGCCGAGCACGGCCUGCUGCUGAGCGGCGCGCUGCCCACCGACGCGGGGGUCUACGUGUGCCGCGCGCGCAACGCGGCGGGAGAGGCCUACGCGGCGGCCGCCGUCACCGUGCUAGAGCCGCAGGCCUCUGAGCCCGAUCCCCAGCCCGCCGAGCGCCCGCUGCCUCCUCCCGGGGCCGGGGAGGGCGCCCCGGUGUUCCUAGCGGGGCCCCGGUCCCAGUGGGUGCUGCGGGGGGAGCAGGUGGUGCUGACAUGCCAGGUGGGGGGACUCCCCGCGCCCGAGCUCUACUGGGAGAAGGACGGGAUGGCCCUGGACGAAGUGUGGGACAGUGGCCACUUCGUGCUCGAGCCCGGCCAUGCCGAGGGAGGCCCCGGCGCGAGCCUCGCGCUGCGCAUCCUGGCGGCGCGGCUGCCGGACUCGGGUGUCUACGUGUGCCACGCCCGCAACGCGCACGGCCACGCGCAGGCCGGCGCGUUGCUGCAGGUGCACCAGCCACCCGAGAGCCCGCCCGAGGACCCCGAUGAGGCCCCCAAGCCCGUGGUGGAGCCGCUCAAGUGCGCGCCCAAGACCUUCUGGGUGAACGAAGGCAAGCACGCCAAGUUCCGCUGCUACGUGAUGGGCAAGCCCGAGCCCGAGAUCGAAUGGCACUGGGAGGGUCGCCCGCUGCUCUCCGACCGCCGCCGCCUCAUGUACCGCGACCGCGACGGCGGCUUCGUGCUCAAGGUGCUCUACUGCCAGGCCAAGGACCGCGGGCUCUACGUGUGCGCGGCGCGCAACUCUGCGGGCCAGACUCUCAGCGCGGUGCAGCUGCACGUCAAAGAGCCCCGCCUGCGCUUCACCAGGCCCCUGCAGGACGUGGAGGGCCGGGAGCAUGGGAUCGCCGUGCUGGAGUGUAAAGUGCCCAACUCCCGCAUCCCCACGGCCUGGUUCCGGGAGGACCAGCGCCUGCUGCCCUGCCGCAAGUAUGAACAGAUCGAGGAGGGCGCUGUCCGGCGCCUCAUCAUCCACAGGCUGAAGGCAGAUGACGAUGGCGUCUACCUGUGCGAGAUGCGGGGCCGGGUGCGCACGGUGGCCAACGUGACAGUCAAAGGGCCCAUCCUGAAGCGGCUGCCCCGGAAGCUCGACGUCCUGGAGGGGGAGAACGCAGUGCUGCUGGUGGAGACCCAAGAAGCCGGGGUCGAGGGGCGCUGGAGCCGUGAUGGGGAGGACCUGCCGACCAUCUGUCAGAGCAGCUCUGGCCACAUGCACGCCCUGGUCCUCCCAGGGGUCACCCGAGAAGAUGCCGGCGAGGUCACCUUUAGCCUGGGCAACUCGCGCACCACCACUCUGCUCAGAGUCAAAUGCGUCAAGCACAGCCCCCCAGGACCCCCCAUGUUGGCAGAGAUGUUCAAGGGCCAGAAGAACACCGUCCUGCUGACCUGGAAGCCUCCCGAGCCGGUCCCUGAGACGCCCUUCAUCUACCGGCUGGAGCGGCAGGAGGUGGGCUCCGAAGACUGGAUCCAGUGCUUCAGCAUCGAGAAGGCUGGAGCCGUGGAGGUCCCGGGGGACUGCGUGCCCUCCGAGGGCGACUACCGCUUCCGCAUCUGCACGGUCAGCGAGCACGGCCGCAGUUCCCACGUCGUGUUUCACGGAGCUGCCCACCUCGUGCCCACAGCUCGCCUGGUGGCAGGUCUGGAGGAUGUGCAGGUAUACGACGGGGAAGAUGCGGUCUUCUCCCUGGAUCUUUCCACCAUCAUCCAGGGCACCUGGUUCCUUAACGGGGAAGAGCUCAAGAGUAAUGAGCCGGAGGGCCAGGUGGAGCCUGGGGCCUUGCGCUACCGUAUAGAGCAGAAAGGCCCGCAGCACAGACUCCUCCUGCAAGCCGUCAGACACCAGCACAGCGGGGCCCUGGUUGGCUUCAGCUGCCCCGGCGUUCAGGACUCGGCCGCCCUCACCAUCCAAGAGAGCCCGGUGCACAUUCUGAGCCCCCAGGGCAAGGAAUCGUUGACCUUCACGACCUCAGAGCGGGUGAUGCUGACCUGUGAGCUCUCUCGGGUGGACUUCCCGGCGUGCUGGUACAAGGAUGGGCAGGAGGUAGAGGAGAGCGAGUCGCUGCUGGUGAAGAUGGAUGGGCGCAAACACCGCCUAAUCCUGCCGGCUGCCAAAGUCCAAGACAGCGGCGAGUUUGAGUGCAGAACGGAAGGUGUCUCAGCCUUCUUCAGCGUCACCGUCCGAGACCCUCCGGUGCACAUCCUGGACCCCCAGGAGCACGUGUUUGUGCAUGCCAUUACCUCCGAGUGUGUCAUGCUGAGCUGUGAGGUGGACCGCGAGGAUGCGCCUGUGUGCUGGUACAAGGAUGGGCAGGAGGUGGAGGAGAGUGACUUCGUGGUGCUGGAGAAGGAAGGGCCCCACCACCGGCUGGUGCUGCCUGCUGCCCAGCCCCCUGAUGGGGGCGAGUUUCAGUUCGUUGCUGGAGAUGAGCGUGCCUACUUCACCGUCACCAUCACAGAUGUCUCCUCUUGGAUCGUGUACCCCAGCGGCAAGGUGUACGUGGCAGCCGUCCGCUUGGAGCGUGUGGUGCUGACCUGUGAGCUGUGCCGGCCAUGGGCCGAGGUGCGCUGGACCAAGGACGGUGACGAGGUGGUGGAGAGCCCCGCAUUGCUCUUGCAGAAGGAAGACACCAUCCGCCGCCUGGUCUUGCCCGCUGUCCAGCUCGAGGACUCCGGCGAGUACUUGUGUGAAAUUGACGACGAGUCAGCCUCCUUCACUGUCACUGUCACAGAGCCCCCAGUGCGCAUCAUAUACCCCCGGGAUGAGGUGACCUUGAUCGCCGUGAGCUUGGAGUGUGUGGUGCUGAUGUGUGAGCUAUCUCGGGAGGACGCCCCUGUGCGCUGGUACAAGGAUGGGCUGGAGGUGGAGGAGAGUGAGGCCUUGGUGCUGGAGAGCGACGGGCCACACCGCCGCCUGGUUCUGCCUGCAGCCCAGCCCGAGCAGGGGGGCGAGUUCGUGUGUGACGCUGGAGAUGACUCAGCCUUCUUCACUGUCACUGUCACAGCCCCGCCAGAGAGGAUUGUGCACCCGGCAGCUCGCUCCCUGGACCUGCAGUUCGGGGUUCCGGGGCGCGUGGAGCUGCGCUGCGAGGUGGCCCCUGCCGGGUCCCAGGUGCGCUGGUACAAAGACGGGCUGGAGGUGGAAGUGUCAGACUCACUGCAGCUGGGGGCUGAGGGGCCGGCUCGCACCCUGACCCUGCCCCACGCCCAGCCUGAGGACGCCGGGGAGUAUGUGUGCGAGACUCGUGACGAAGCUGUCACCUUCAACGUCAGCCUGGCUGAGCCCCCCGUCCAGUUCCUUGCCCCAGAGGCAGCCCCUGCGCCACUCCGUGUGGCCCCAGGGGAGCCAGUGAUGCUGAGCUGCGAACUGUCCCGGGCUAGUGCCCUGGUCUUCUGGAGCCACAAUGGGAGGCCGGUGCAGGAGGGCGAGGGCCUGGAGCUCCACGCUGAGGGCCCCCGCCGCACCCUCUGUAUCCGGGCUGCAGACCUGGCCCACGCAGGCCUCUACACCUGCCGGGCCACACCCCGGAUAGCCCCGGGGGCCCCCAGCCUCAGCUUCACCGUCCAAGUGGCUGAACCACCCCUGGCAAAGCUGGUCUCGGAGCUGACACCACUAACCGUCCAUGAGGGCGAUGACGCCACCUUCCGGUGUGAGGUCUCCCCACCAGACGCUGAUGUCACCUGGCUACGCAAUGGGGCCGUCGUCACUCCAGGCCCCCAGCUAGAGAUGGCCCAGAAUGGGUCAAGCCGCACGCUGACGGUGCGAUGCUGUCAGCUGGACGAUGCAGGGACCGUGACCGCCCGAGCAGGGGGCACAGCCACAAGUGCCCGGCUCCACGUUCGAGAAACGGAGCUGCUGUUCCUCCGGCGGCUGCAGGAUGUGCGAGCAGAGGAAGGGCAGGACGUGUGCCUCGAAGUGGAGACCGGUCGCGUGGGCGCAGCGGGCGUCGUGCGCUGGGUGCGAGGUGGGGAGCCCUUACCCCAUGACUCUCGAGUGUCCGUGGCCCAGGACGGCCACAUCUACCGCCUCUUCAUCCACGGCGUCGUCCUGGCUGACCAGGGCACCUAUGGCUGCGAGAGCCACCACGAUCGCACCCUGGCCAGGCUCAGCGUGAGGCCAAGGCAGCUGAGGGUGCUGCGGCCUCUGGAGGAUGUGACCAUUACUGAGGGGGGCAGCGCCACCUUCCAGCUGGAGCUGUCCCAGGAGGGUGUGACUGGGGAGUGGGCCCGAGGAGGAGUCCGACUGCAGCCGGGGCCCAAGUGCCACAUGCAUGCAGAGAGCCACACUCACCGCCUGGUGCUCAGCGGCCUGGGCCUGGCCGACUCAGGCUGCAUCUCCUUCACGGCGGACUCCCUGCGCUGUGCAGCCAGACUCACCGUGAGAGAGGCCCCCGUGACCAUUGUGAGGGGGCCACAGGACCUAGAGGUGACCGAGGGAGACACAGCUACAUUGGAGUGUGAGCUUUCUCAGGCCUUGGCUGAUGUCACCUGGGAAAAGGACGGGCGCCCGCUCACCCCCAGCCCUCGGCUCAGGCUCCAGGCCCUCGGCACGCGUCGCCUUCUCCAGCUGCGGCGCUGCGACCCCUUGGACGCCGGGACCUACAGCUGUGCAGUGGGGACGGCUCGCGCCAGGCCCGCCCGCCUGACUGUGCGCGAGCGCGUCGUGUCGGUGCUCUCCGAGCUCCGGGCGGUUAGCGCCCGCGAAGGCGACGGCGCCACGUUCGAGUGCACCGUGUCGGAAGUAGAGACCACCGGGAGCUGGGAGCUCGGAGGCCGUCCGCUCAGACCCGGAGGCCGCGUCCGCAUCCGACAGGAAGGGAAGAAACACGUUCUGGUGCUGAGCGAGCUGCGCCCGGAGGACGCCGGUGAGGUCCGCUUCCAGGCGGGACCCGCCCAGUCCGUGGCUCAGCUGGAGGUGGAGGCACUGCCUCUCCAGAUGUGCCGCCGCCCCCCUCGAGAGAAGACGGUUCUGGUCGGCCGCAAGGCGGUGCUGGAGGUGACCGUGUCCCGCUCGGGGGGCCACGUGUGCUGGUUGCGGGAGGGGGUCGAGCUGUGCCCGGGAGACAAGUAUGAGCUGCGCAGCCACGGCCCCACCCACAGCCUGGUCAUCCAUGACGUGAGACCUGAGGACCAGGGCACCUACUGCUGCCAGGCCGGCCAGGACAGCGCCCACACCCGGUUGCUGGUAGAGGGUGAGUGAAGCUGACCGGGCAGAGGUCAGAGGGGCAGGCCGGCUGGCCAGACACGAGGGGUCGCCAGGGAGCUGGUGGGCCGAGACACACCCACCAGAGGUUUUCCAGGACUUGGGAUGGCCAGCUGGUUCUGGGGUGUGUUGGAGGUGGGGAGCAGGGGAGGGGCUGAGGGCUGAGAGGAGGGAGCCCUGUGUUCUCUACAGGAACCAUCUGAGGGUCAGCCGUUCCCACCUUUCUAUGCCCUUUCCUACCUUUCUAUGCCCUUUCCUGUCCAGGCUUCUCACUCUCUCCUGCCUCUGGACUGUGUCUGUCUCUCUUGGAUGCCCCAUUUGUAUCCUAGUUCCUCUCCUUCCUACCUAAUAGCCCCUGGUGUGUGUCCCACCUUCCCUCACCCCCUUCCUGCUCUCUGCCCAGCCAGCUUCUGCCCAUCUCGGCCAGUCCACGUGGGUCUGAGAAGAGGGUUCUUCAGCUAGUCUCAUCCCCUUCCACUUCCACGGAGAUGCCUCACCCCCACCUACAUUCCUGCAUUUCCCAUCCCUAACUGGGGGCUGACUCCCAUUCUCCUGCCCCCACAGACAGAGGCCCAGAAAGGGUGGGGCAGAGGGUGAGGACCCAGCUUUUCCUGCGUGGGUGCCCAGGCUCUGCCAGGGGAAAGGACAGUGGUACCCACUGGCUCCACAGCCCCACGCCGAGUCAUUCCUCUGCAGGUAGCUAGGAGGACGGAACCAGGCCAGGCAGGUGCCCACGGACAGCUUGGAAGGCGUGUGCCCGUACCCUGGGCAGGGGUGGGGAGGCAGGGGAACCACAGGUGUUGGGAGACAAUAAAGUGGUGCAGUCCUUUU